CAGGGAUUACUUGAUGCCUUCAAUACAGUACUACCUAAUGCAGAGACUAGGUAUUGCUGUAGACACAUUUGGGCAAAUUUCAAAAACAAGUUUCGUAGGGUCAUAUACAAGGAGCAUUUUUGGAAAGCUGCAAGGUCUUCAGCAAAGCACCAUUUCAACCAGCACAUGGAAGCAAUCAAGUCCAUCAAUGUUGAAGCCUAUAACUACCUAGCAGCCAUCCCUACAUGCCACUGGUCUAGACAUGGAUUCAAUACAUCCUCCAAGUCAGGCAUGCUUCUAAAUAAUUGCUGUGAGAGUUUCAAUAAUGUGUUGAGGGAAGCUAGAACAAAACCUAUUAUCCAGUGUAUGGAGUGGAUAAGGAGGUAUGUAAUGCAAAGGUUUUGUUCUAAGAGGGAGGGGUCGAAAACAUUUGAGGGGGUUAUAAUGCCAUCAGUUGUUAAGAUGGUUCACAAGGGGUUGGAUAAAGUGUCAAGUAUGAGGGUUAGACAAGCUGACCUUCAGGAGUUUGAAGUAGAUCAUGAGCUUGACACUUUUGUUGUGAAUUUGGAGAGUAGGCAUUGUGGGUGUUAUAGGUGGAGUUUGAUGGGCAUACCAUGUUGGCAUGCACUUGCCUGCAUCCAGUUGAGGAGGCUGAAAUAUGAAGACUUCAUUCACCCUGCCUACCAUGUGGAGACUUAUGCAAAGGCAUAUGCUCCAACCUUCAAAGCAAUGCUAGGUCACAAUCAGUGGGAUACAACACAGUUUCCCAAACCAUUACCUCCUCCUUACAGGAAAAUGGUUGGUAGACCUAAGUUGAAGAAGAGAAAGAAGGAAGCAGGAGAGGGUGAAGAACAACAGCAAGUGAAGAGGGCAAAGAAGCAGAACAAAUGCAGUAGAUGUGGUGGUCUAGGCCACUAUAAGAGCAGCUGUAGAAUGCCUGCUCCACUUGCUGACCAUGGGCAGGGAGGCCAAAAAGAGAAGGCUGGGUCAUCACAAAAGGUUGGGCCUGUUGCAGCCAAGCCCACUCAAGAAGCCAAGAAAAGGCUUGUGGCUUCCAAGCCUGCAUCCAAGAAAGGCUCUGUGCCAGCCAAGCCUGGCCCUGUGGCAUCCAAGCCUGCAUCCAAGAAAGGCUCUAUGCCAGCCAAGCCUGGCAGGGUGGCAUCCAAGAAAGGGUCUUCCACCCUUAAACCUCCUUCUAAGCCCAAAAGCGGUGGGACUAGGAAGCUCAAACCUACUAAGGAGGAUCUCAAUCAGCCUACUCAAUCAUCACAAGUUUCAAUUUCCAGCUCUGGCCCCCCCUCCCCCCCCACCAUUGACUCAAACACAAGAAUGAUUUGGUGA